AUGGAUGACAGUAGUGAUUCAGAGGAGUUCUACGAUGCUGAGGAAUUCACACCCAUUAAGGGUUCAAAGAGAUCAUCAUUAUGCAAGAACAUCAAUGUUAUAGAUCCUAACUCUUCAGCUCAAAAAGACAAGAGCCCUAUUGGACCACAGAUUACAAACACUAGAGCAGAGGACUCACUGUCGCCAGUAUUAGGUGCUACAAGCACUCCCACCUGUGAAGGUGUAGCCACAGUCGAAGACGACAGAGCUACUGUACAAAAUGUGGUUCAGGGCCGCAAGAGGUUCCAAGAGCUUCGUCGCUGCAUGCAGACCGAAGAAGAGGAUGAAGGGGUUCCCGACACGGCAAUCCCAAAGGACCACACCUAUGCACUGGAGCAUCCAUUCAAAAUUAUAUCGCACGACACGAUGAGCCUGCAGAGUAUGACGUCACUGGGACGAAUCGGUCGGAUUCUCAGCGGCGCCGCGGACUCGCAUUCGAACAUCCGCGAGGUUCCACCGUCAGCGCCCUCUGCAUCAUCGAGGGAGCCAUCGACCAUUUCAGACGACCCCUUAGCGACGGACAGCAGAAAUCAGAACGCGCUGACGACGUCAGAGCCGGACGUGAUCGCGAGCACGAAGGCGAACAGCCUCAAGGGCAGCCGGCCGCCCGCCGUGGUGGCGGUGUCGGGCGCCCAGCCUGUCGCGCCGCCGAGGAGAAAGAGGCGCGAUAAGGCGCACGGGUCGCAGGCGCAGUGUUCCGACGAUACCAGUAGCAUCUGCACUGUUGAAACCGACGAGCUGCACACGCCCUACCAGCGGCGCAGCGAGAAGCCACAGCUCGAAGACCUGCUUGUCCAGCCGCCGUUGUCAAGUUCGUUGAACCAAACAAUGGCGCUGCCAAGUCCGGCGAGCACCAUAGAAUCCUUGACCAGGGAGUUCCAGGACUCACUAGAGCUAUCUCAGUCAAAGUACGCCAGCGACUUGAUGUCGCCGGGUCUGAUGUGCGAGCGAGACAGGCGCGAGUCGCGUUCGAGUGAGCGAGCGAGCAACUCGUCGCGCAGCAGCACGACAGCCUCGUCGCGCCACCGCGCCCCCGCGAUGCACUCCACGCUCGACAUCAAAGAGGCUGUUAGAGGCGAAUGCAUGGUGCGCGCUCUGGACGAGGAACGCGCCCGAAGCAGCGGCGCGCGCACCCACAGCGAGGGCCCCGCACCCACGCACCACCCCCAAAGUUCCCAUCCCACUCAUCCCACUCAUCCCACUCAUCCCACUCAUCCCUCCCAACCCGCGCACCACUCCCAAUCCGCCCAACACGCACACCCCACCAGCGCCAGUCUCGGACACGCCAGGAAGUCGUUGGGGGGGCGCGCGCGUCGCCGCUCGGCCGGGGACUCCCCCACGCCGGGCCCCGCGCUGCGCACGCGCUCCUCCUCGGGCCACCAGCUCACCGACAUCGAGAUCCUCGAGCAGGUCACCGUCCUCAACCUGGACACCGGGGAACGGAUGCCGCUGAGCGUAGCCGAGCACAAGCUGCCGCAGUGCAUCAACCCGCUCAGCCUGCACAUUAUGCGGCUCACGUCGGAGUAUAUAGGCCGCGCGGGCGACGACGACAACGCCAGUCCACAGAUAAAGCCAAAGAGAAUUUGGCGCAAAGGGCUGUCAAAGAGCCUGCAAAGCUCCCACCUGUUGAGGCGGUCGCCCUCCGCCCCCUUACAAACCGCGAACUCCCUGCUCAGUAUCGACACUAGGGAAACUGAUGAAGAGAGUGAGAGUGUUUGCGUGGGAGGAGUGGAGGACGACACGAAAGAGAUCAAAAGAGAGUCCACAGACAGACAGACAACGGCGAUCCGAAGGAAGACGGAGAAGCUGAGGCGCUUCUUCGGCAGCACGGUCCGCCGCACGGUGGACGCGGCCCGCUCGCUCGCCCAGGAGGUGUCGCACGCCCGCCACAAGGAGGACGUCGCGGAGAUUGCGGACGACGUGAGGGGCGACCACAACAUCAAACUGAAGGCCUCCAACUCGCACAAGGGCCCGUACGACUUCGACGGGUGCGUCCGACACGUGCAGGAGAUGGGAACGGGGCACACCGGCGCCGUGUGGUGCUGCAAGAUGAGCGUGUGCGGGCGGCUCCUUGCCACCGCCGGCCAGGACAGGCUGCUCAGGGUCUGGGUCACGCGCGACGCCCACCACAUGUUCCAGGAGAUGCGCACGAAGUACAACGCGGAGAAGAAGUGCUCGCCCACGCCGUCGCAGGAGUCGUUGGCCCUGGCGGGCGUGGGCGUGGGGGUGGGCGUGGGCGUGGGGGUGGGAGUGGGCGUGGGGGUGAGCGGGGUGGGGGACGGGCGGGCGCUCGGCCCCUCGGCGCCCUUCUGCCCGGAGCCCUUCUGCGUGUACUCCGGCCACGCGUCCGACCUGCUGGACGUGUCCUGGUCGAAGAACUACUUCCUGCUCUCCUCGUCGAUGGACAAGACGGUGCGCCUGUGGCACAUAUCGCGCGGCGAGUGCCUCUGCUGCUUCCAGCACAUCGACUUCGUCACCGCGAUAGUGUUCCACCCGCGCGACGACCGCUACUUCCUCUCGGGCAGCCUCGACGGCAAGCUCCGUCUGUGGAACAUCCCCGACAAGAAGGUUGCGGUUUGGAACGAGGUGGACGGCAAGACGAAGCUGAUCACCGCUGCGAACUUCUGCCAGAACGGCAAGUUCGCCGUGGUGGGCACGUACGACGGCCGCUGCAUAUUCUACACUACGGACCAGCUAAAGUACCACACGCAGAUAGACGUGCGCUCCACCCGCGGGAAGAACUCCACCGGGCGGAAGAUUAGCGGCAUAGAGCCGAUGCCGAACGACGACAAGAUCCUGGUCACGUCGAACGACAGCCGGAUCCGGCUGUACGACCUCCGCGACCUGAACCUCUCGUGCAAAUACAAGGGCUACGUGAACGUCUCCAGCCAGAUAAAGGCCUCCUUCUCCCACGACGGCAAGUACAUCGUCAGCGGCUCGGAGAACCAGUGCAUAUACAUAUGGAAGACCUACCACGACUACUCAAAGUUCACCUCGGUGCGACGCGACCGGAACGACUUCUGGGAGGGUAUAAAGGCGCACAGCGCGGUGGUCACUUGCGCAGUGUUCGCACCGAACCCGGACCACAUGAUCCGAAUGAUCGCCGAGCGCGAAGCGGCUGCGGGGCUGGCAGACGACGACCCGGAGAAGGCGGCGGAGGGCGGCAUGGUGUCCUCGUCGCAGACGGGCCACGUGCUCGUGAGCGCCGACUUCAACGGCUGCAUAAAAGUGUUCGUGCACAAGGCGAAGCCGAAGCACAGCUCGCUGCCGGCCUCCGCGCUCGCG